AUGGCCGCUAGAAAUUCUACACUGUCGUACUUGCACGGCUUCAUUAAUAACAAAUCACUCAAUAUUUCCAAGGCCGCCGCUGCGCGCCGCCUCGCCGGCACCGUCCUCGCAGCGUCCAAGCCCUCGCGCUCCUCCCCCUUCCCCUCCCUCGACCAAACCCUCCGCCACCUCCUCCCCCCGGACCUCUCCCCCUCUCUCGUCGCCGCCGCGAUCGACCCGCAUCUCCUCCGCCGCCGCCCCCUCGCCGCCGCGCUCUUCCGCUGCGCCGUGCGCCGCCCCGGCUUCGCCCCGGACCCCGACCCCUACCACGCCCUCCUCAGCUCCCUCUCCCUCCCCCCUCCGCGCCCCCGCGCCCGCCCCAUCCUCUCCCUCCUCGCCCACGCGCGCGCGCGCCGCGUCCCCCUCCUCCCCGCCUCCUACCACCUCGCCGUCGCCGCGCUCCUCGCCUCCGACGCGCCCCGCGAGGCCCUCGCCCUCUUCGACCUCGCCACUUCCGACGCCGCCGCCGACCUCCCCGGCGACCUCUACAACUCCCUGCUCGCCGCCGCAAGCGACUCCCUAGCGAUCGCCCGCAAGGUGUUCGACAGAAUGCUUGAAAGAGGCGUCGCGUUUAAAGAUGUCGGCUUUGGUUGUUUUAUUGGUAAAUUAUGUAGAUCGGAGGUAUUAGGUGAGGUUUUAGGUUUGGUGGAUAAAAUUAAAGCACGAACCGAAGGGAUUAAUGGGUCGAUUAUGGCCGCUUUGAUUGUGGACGGGCUUUGUCGCACGGGACGGAUAGAAGAGGCAUGGAGGGCUCUAGGGGAGCUGAGGAUGAGAGGGUGGAAACCUGAUUUUAUCGCGUAUAGGAUUGUUUCGGAAGGGUUUAGGUUGGCGGAUAGGAAGGACGAAACGGCGACCAUACUGAAGCAAAAGAGGAAGUUGGGGGUGGCGCCAAGGGAAAAUGAUUACAAGGAUUUCAUUCUUUCGUUGGUGUCUGAGAGCAGGAUUCAUGAGGCGAAGGAUAUCGGCGAAGCCAUUGUUUUGGGCGAUUUUCCAAUCGAGGUUGAUGUGCUUAAUGCAUUGAUCGGAUCGGUCUCGGCCGUUGAUGUUGACUCUGCAUUGUUGUUUUGCAAUUACAUGAUCGAAAAGGAGAAAUUUCCGAGCCUUAAAGCGCUAGGUAACUUUAGUAAGAAUCUUUGCAAGAAUGGAAAAGGUGAAGAAAUGUGGAGCAUACUUGGGGCACUUUUAGAUGAGGGGUUUUUCGCAAGUGUUGACCAGUACCAUGUGGCGGUAUCAUUCUUAUGCGAAGCCGGAAAAGUUAGGGAGGCAUAUGAUGUACUUAAGGAGAUGAAAAAGAAAGGUUUAGAUCCAGAUAUUUCGUCUUAUAAUUCUUUGAUCGAAGCUUGUUGUAGAGACGACCUUCUUCGACCGGCUAAGAAGUUGUGGGAUGAGAUGUUCAUCAAUGGCUGCUGUGCAAAUUUACAAACUUAUAACAUACUUAUUGGGAAGUUUUUGGAAGUAGGCGAGGUUGAAGAGGCCCUGCGCCUAUUUCACCUCAUGUUCGGGAGGGGAGUGAGUCCAGAUAAAGUCACAUACACAAUGCUCAUUUCUAUGCUGUGCCGAGAAAAGAGGUCACAGCAGGCUAUUGAGAUCUUUAACAAGUCCGUGGAUCAAGAUGCGAAGCUUGCUAGUGUAAUUUUGAGUACAUUAAUCCUUUCACUUUGCAAAGAAGGAAAUUUGGUGGCAGCUUCUGAUGUUCUAUCUAGUGUUCCUUCACAUAUUGAGAACUGUGAUUCACAUGUCAUUCUGUUAAAGAGCCGAACAGAUGCCGGAGAAGUUGAGAUGGCUAUUGAACACAUAAAAUGGAUCAGAAAUAACUGUGGCUUUAAACUACAGAAGACAUUAAGCGAACUUAUGGCUUCUCUUUCUACCACUCCCAACUUUGAAUCAGUUCUGAAAUUGCUUCAAGGGAUGCAUGCUGAGGGCCUCCUUUUUGAUGAUGGUCCAUGGAUGAAUUUGUUGGGAGAUCAUUAUGCAUGAACAAUAUAUUUUAUAUUCAGCUUCCUGAUAUCAUCAGCCAGGGCUGCAGCACGAGGAGUUCUGAAAAGGUCACCCUCCCAUAGUGUUCUUGCCCAAGCACAACGAAUUCAGAGUUCUGAUCGGCUCUGUUGCUUCAAUGCUGUUACGAGGACACUCAAUCACUUUCAUUUGGAAUACAACUUCGACUUGCAAAUAAUUCGGUGUUCCGAUAAGCUUUGUUGCUUCAUGUGCUGUGCGUCAAUCUCCACCUAGAAAUGGUAAUCAGAUAGCCUGAAUAUCUCGUCGGUGUCGGCAUAACAAGAUGAGACAGGUUUCAUCUAGGCUUGCCACCACAACAUUUAACUGGUGCUCUUCUUAUGUACAAUAUCAUUUUGCAGUUUGGCUGAUUCCUAUCUCCAUAACUACGAAGGAUAAGAGCCACAUCAACAUCUAUGUAGGACAUGCAUCUUGUAUAAAUACCUAGUAGAAGAGGCUCCAGUAAGCACCUAGAAAUUAAGAAGCCACAUAUUAACCAUGGCACAUGCUCUUAAACUCCUCUUUGCUCUCCUCCUCUGCAUCUUUGUACAAGGUAAGAGCGACCCUUGUGCUCUCUCGAGCAUUGAGGUUCAGCAGACGAACACGGGACAGAUGGCAGGCUAUGAUCCGGUAUUUGAGGUGGAGGUGAAGAAUGGAUGCAGAUGCUCAGUGGCACACGUUUACCUGUACUCUCUGGGAUUUGCGAGCUCAACGCCCGUCGACCCAUCACUAUUCCGGCAGGACGGGGUCGGCUACCUCGUGAACAAUGGGCAGAGCAUCGCGAGUGGUGCAUCCGUGAAGUUCCGUUAUGCAUGGGAUAGGGCUUUUCAGAUGGGUCCUGUGAAGAUGCAGGUUGAAUGCUGAUGAAGAAUAAUAGUAAAGACGACGACAACGACGACGACGAUGAUUAUGAUAAUUGCAGUAGCUGUUGUUAGAAGUAACUAGAGUUGCAGUAGAAAGUUGAAAAGUCUGGUGUGCAAGGUUUUCGGAUGCAAUAUAGUCUCAUUAAUGGUAUAAGUGGGUCAUGGCAUCUUAUGUUCUACAUAAUAACUAGAGUUGCAAUAUAGUCUUAUUAACUAGAGUUGCAAUAUAGUCUUAUUAACUAGAGUUGCAAUAUAGUCUUAUUAAUGCAAUAUCAUGGCAUCUUAUGUUCUACAUAAUCGAAUGAAUAUGAGAACAAAACUUGGGUUACGUAUCAUAGUCUUUUUUGGUUUUGUAAUUAAUGGUAUAAGUGGGUCAUUAUGUAAAAAAGAAAAAUUGUGAAUGAUAACUCCAGGGAGAUUGAGAUGUCGUAUAAACGCUUUAUUCCUUCGGAA